AUGUGUGACGACGACGUUGCGGCACUCGUGAUCGACAAUGGGUCAGGGAUGUGUAAAGCUGGAUUUGCUGGUGACGAUGCCCCACGUGCUGUGUUCCCAUCAAUUGUUGGACGUCCUCGGCACCAAGGUGUUAUGGUUGGUAUGGGUCAAAAGGACUCGUAUGUAGGAGAUGAAGCUCAGUCGAAGCGCGGUAUUUUAACGUUGAAAUACCCAAUCGAACAUGGUAUUGUCACGAAUUGGGAUGACAUGGAAAAGAUCUGGCAUCAUACCUUUUACAAUGAGCUUCGCGUGGCACCAGAGGAGCACCCAGUACUCUUGACGGAGGCACCACUGAACCCUAAAGCAAAUAGGGAAAAGAUGACUCAGAUUAUGUUUGAAACUUUUAACACACCAGCGAUGUAUGUUGCAAUUCAGGCAGUUCUCUCGUUAUAUGCCUCUGGUCGUACAACUGGUAUUGUGCUCGAUACUGGAGAUGGUGUUACACAUACUGUUCCAAUUUAUGAAGGCUAUGCAUUGCCGCACGCUAUCUUGCGACUUGACUUGGCUGGGCGUGAUCUCACAGAUUAUCUUAUGAAGAUUCUCACUGAACGUGGAUACUCGUUCACUACCACUGCCGAGAGGGAAAUUGUUAGGGAUAUCAAAGAGAAGCUGUGCUACGUAGCCCUUGAUUUUGAGCAGGAGAUGGCAACUGCUGCAUCUUCCUCAUCUUUGGAAAAGAGCUAUGAGCUUCCUGAUGGACAGGUUAUCACGAUUGGUAAUGAACGUUUUCGAUGUCCUGAAGCUUUAUUCCAGCCCUCGUUCCUUGGUAUGUUUACUCUACAGUUCGGAAGCAUGGAAUCUUCGGGGAUACAUGAAACCACGUAUAAUAGUAUCAUGAAAUGUGAUGUUGACAUCCGAAAAGAUCUCUAUGCGAAUACCGUCCUUUCUGGUGGUACAUCGAUGUUCCCAGGCAUUGCAGACAGGAUGCAGAAGGAAAUCACUGCACUUGCUCCAAGCACCAUGAAGAUUAAGAUAAUUGCUCCUCCAGAACGUAAGUAUUCUGUAUGGAUUGGUGGUUCCAUUCUCGCUUCGCUUUCUACUUUCCAGCAAAUGUGGAUCUCGAAACAGGAAUACGAUGAGUCAGGUCCAUCCAUCGUACAUCGCAAGUGUUUCUGA